UUUUGGUCGAUAAGCUUACGGUGCGCUGCACUAGACCCCAAGGGACGUGGGCCACACUCGCAACAUCGCAAGAUGCUGUGGAAUUAUUGGCCGGCUCGGCAACAACAUCGGAGUCCUCAGCACGGGGUGUUUCCAGUGAGUCUUCGAUAGCCGCCUCCAUGCGUAAUAUGCCUCGUCCAGUAAAGUAUAUAAGAAGGCUGUCUUGGCCCAGUUCCUCGUAGUAGUCGUCUUAUUCCACUCCAUUGCUCAAUCAAGUCAUCCCAUCACUUAUACAACAACCUACUCAAAUCCUUCCCUCCUUCUUUCAAGAUGCAAUUCACCACUACCCUCGUCACCGCUGCCCUGGCCGCUACCGUCUCUGCUGCUCCCCAGAAGACCGUGUCUUCCAACAACCAGAACGGCUCCAUCUACCGCUUCGGUGAUGCCAAGCAGUGCCACCACAUCUUGCGCGACUCUGGCGCCUGUGGCAUCAGCACCUACUUUAAAAAGGUCAACCAGGAGGCUUCCUUUGUUGCCAUGCCCUCCGAUGUCUUUGACAAGUACGGCUCUGCCCAGAACAACAAGCUCUGCGGUAAGGAGAUCACCAUCUCCCACAACGGCCAGACUCGCAAGGCCAUUGUUGCUGAUCGCAACCUCUCCAAUGACCACUCCAUCGACAUGUGCCUUGACCUCUGGAAGGCCUUUGGUGGCAAGGACAACGACGGCACCGUCAUCCACGGCAUGCACUUCAGCAUCAACAUUUAA